AUGAAGUUCACCAUUGCCACCUUCUUUGCUCUGGCCUCCGUGGCCCUUGCCUUCUCCAUCGAGGACCGCAAUGCCCGCUAUGUCCAGCCUAGACAGGCAGACAUCAACUCGGUCGACGCCAGCAUCCCGGCCAUGUCGGACAGGAACGGCAACGUCCUCCCCUUCAACACGGCGGGUGUCUACAAGGAUGCUACCGCCAAGGGCCUCUAA